CGCGCGUAUAUAUAUGCAGCGGUCGAUACCAAAAGGUUCUCAGAGACCGGUCGCCGGCGAGUUCCCGUUUCCUUCUCGUUCGUUCUCAUUGCGCCUUUCGCAGUUUUCUACGAGGAAGCCCACACCAGCGAUAAAACGACAAAAGCAGCCAUGCCAGUGCCUCAGCUCCAGAAACCGGCGCCCGCUUUCUCCGGCACCGCCGUCGUGAACGGACAAUUCAAGGAAAUCAAGCUCUCCGACUACAAGGGCAAAUAUGUUGUGCUCUUCUUCUACCCGUUGGACUUUACUUUCGUAUGCCCGACGGAGAUCGUCGCUUUCUCCGACCGGGCGAAGGAGUUCACCGACAUCGGCUGCCAUGUGAUCGCCGCGUCCACCGAUUCUCACUUCAGCCAUCUCGCCUGGGUGAACACUCCGCGCAAGCAAGGCGGCCUCGGUGAGAUGAAUAUCCCUCUUUUGGCGGACAAGAGCUGCAAGAUCGCCCGCGACUACGGUGUGCUCGACGAAGAAUCGGGAAUUCCCUUCCGUGGGCUUUUUAUCAUCGACGAUAAGCAAAACUUGCGCCAGGUCACCAUCAACGACUUGCCCGUGGGAAGAUCUGUGGACGAGACUUUGCGUCUGGUUCAAGCAUUCCAAUUCACCGACAAGCACGGCGAGGUUUGUCCAGCCGGUUGGAAACCCGGCAAGAAGACCAUGAAGCCCGACGUUGUCGGCUCUCUGGAGUACUUCAAGGAUCAAUAGACAAUAAAUUUGUAUCAAUCUCUCUUUAUACUUACUGUUAAGUGCACUCAUGUGCACGUGUGUUUAUACUCUUUUGCUGCGUACAUACUCUACGAGUUUGACACAUUCUGUUUCCUACUUAGCAUAGUUAGAUAUACAUAUCGUGCGAUCUUCAUACUGAAACAUCCGUUUUUAAGUUUAAUAAACGGAUUUAUUUUCUACAUA